AUGGCGCCCUCCUCAUUAACAGAACCAGACGCAGCAGUAGCGGUAUCAUCAGAGUCCUCCACCCGCGACCGCUUCUACUCCAUCCUCCGAAAACCAGCAUCGAACCUCGCCCUCCGAAUCUCAGACCUUGAUCGAUACCGCCUCAACAUGUGGGAGGUCAGUUGGGCAGCUCCCAAGGAGUCGCGAAAAGAACACCGCGAUAAUAAAGCGAUGACGGCCAAAUCUGCGACAAAGGCGCGGUCGAUCUUUAGUCGCGGAUCGAACUCGUCGAAUGAGGCACCGUUGUUUGGGAACUCUUAUAAUAAGAGGACGAAUGCCGAGAGGGGGAGUGAUUCGGUGUCGUCGACGUCUUCGAAAGCGAGCGCUGGGGCGGGGAAUUAUGAGUUGGAGGCAGAUGAGGCUUCGACUUUUUCGGGGGGAAUUAUGGAGCGCUCUCAAGAGGUUUACCUUGGGGAUAACACGCUUCUUGAGCCGCCUUCACCAACACUCACAUCAUCAUCUGCGCCGUGGGAUACAGAAACCCUUGAGCGAGUCAUCAUUCAACCAUGGCCACUCAUUCAAGCUUUGGGCGACGACUCGUUUGUCGCGCGAAGUACAGAAGCGACGACAUCUCCACGCACAUCCUACGAUACACCGUAUCUCAUCAAUUGCGGUGUUACCAUAAUGGCGACGCCGAGCAUCAAGUCUAAGCAUCGCGCCCGCUCACCAAGCACUCAAUCUCAACCUCAACGUCCACAGAGCAGUCGAUCACCAAGCAAAGCCAAGACCCCACGACGCAUGCCAUCAUCCACAGCAUCUCUACGCGUCGAAAGCAGCGACACUUGGCAGCCUCCAAGUGAAUGGGCUUGCACGCCCACAGAGCCCUCAUUCCAAUUCCCGGAAGAACCUGUCUCUGAAUCAGAAGCUACCAUCCCCAAGGAACUCAACGCGAUGCAGUUGGGUGUCAAGCAACUUGCCAGAGAGGACAAUAUGAUCAGACUCGUACGUCUCGCUGAGUCGCAGGGUGUCAAUAAUCCACCGAGUUUAUGUCAGGAUCUGGAGGUUGAGAAGAUGCAGUGGAUGCUCUCUGCUAUGUUCAACAUGGAUGGACCAGAGUAUCCUGAGAUUAAUGAUGAUGAUCUUGAUGAGUCGGUGGAACCGCCGAAGAGGAUCCUCGCUCUUUAUGAAACACCCGCUGUGACUUCAUACCUCGCUGCCGUGAAUCACAACAAACAGGUCUACCAUCUCUCAGCAGCACCAUUAUCACCCGCUUCAUUCCCCAACAUCCAUCCUGUCCUCACACCAGUGAGAUCACCCUCCGCAUUCCCCGUCGCUCCAUCAACCAUUGAAGCCGUUCACUCACUGCGUCUUCCUCUCGCUAUGCCCUCACAAGACAUCCCAGCUCUCUUACGAAACAUUCAUAGAUGCCUUGAGCCAGGUGGCUCAUUACAACUCACCAUCAUUGAUCCUCUUCCCGUUACUAGCACUCUGGGUCCUCUUCUCAGAGCUUGGAUCGAGGAUCAUCUUCUCUUUAAUCUAGAAGCUAGUUUCCGCUGCACGAACCCAAGCAAAUUACUCCCUCUUUGGCUAAAUGGUGCAUCGCUACGUGUCGAUCCCGAUUCUAUCGAGACGACACAGUUCUUCGCCAUUCCUCUUGACAAUACUCAGCUUCAGUAUGUGAGAGAAGGUCAUAUAUCUGAAGAGGGGAUGAGACAAGAACUUCGUAAUCUUGUGGGCCGUAUGCUCUGGAUGGAAAUUUGGAGAGAAUAUAUCGUCGCUGAUCGUUGGUGGUGGGAAGAUCCUGAUAUUCUUCAAGAGUGCAUCCAGCAUCAGACGAUGUGGGAAUGGAAGUUGAUUGAGGCAGUCAAGGAACCCUAAUAAUUUUCUUUUGUUCUGGUUGUUUAUUGUUAUUCUGGUAAGGUUUAGAUAGCAUUAUACCCUGGGAGUCUUAUGAUAAUUAUAAUUGAUGGAAA